AUCCAGUUUAGAGAGAAGGUACUAUGGACUGCUAUAACUCUCUUCAUUUUCUUAGUAUGUUGUCAGGGUUUCUCAACAAUGGGAGUAAAUUUUAGGUUGGAUACCACUAUUUGGAAUCAUGUCAUCAGAUUCUGCAGAUCCUUUCUACUGGAUGAGAGUUAUUCUUGCAUCCAACAGAGGAACUUUAAUGGAAUUGGGUAUCUCCCCAAUUGUAACAUCUGGUUUGAUUAUGCAGUUGUUAGCUGGAGCCAAAAUCAUUGAAGUUGGAGAUACACCCAAAGACAGAGCUUUAUUUAAUGGAGCCCAAAAAUUAUUUGGUAUGAUCAUUACCAUUGGGCAAGCCAUUGUAUAUGUCAUGACAGGCAUGUAUGGGGAACCUGCUGAAAUGGGUGCUGGAAUCUGCCUCCUUAUCAUUAUUCAGUUGUUUGUUGCUGGUUUGAUUGUGCUGCUGUUAGAUGAGCUGCUACAGAAGGGUUACGGCCUGGGGUCUGGUAUUUCCCUCUUUAUUGCCACCAACAUCUGUGAAACCAUUGUCUGGAAGGCCUUUAGUCCCACUACUAUUAACACUGGCAGAGGUACUGAGUUUGAGGGUGCAGUCAUAGCUCUCUUUCAUUUACUGGCCACCAGGACCGACAAAGUCCGAGCUUUAAGGGAGGCUUUCUACCGUCAGAACUUGCCCAAUCUCAUGAACCUCAUUGCUACUGUUUUUGUGUUUGCUGUUGUUAUAUAUUUUCAGGGAUUUCGUGUUGACUUACCCAUCAAGUCGGCUCGGUAUCGAGGACAAUACAGCAGCUACCCCAUCAAGCUCUUCUAUACCUCGAACAUCCCCAUUAUUCUUCAGUCAGCAUUGGUGUCAAACCUCUAUGUCAUUUCCCAGAUGCUGUCUGUUCGAUUCAGUGGCAACUUUUUAGUUAAUUUACUAGGACAGUGGGCAGAUGUCAGUGGGGGAGGACCUGCUCGCUCUUACCCAGUUGGAGGCCUUUGUUAUUAUCUUUCUCCUCCUGAGUCUAUGGGUGCCAUAUUUGAGGAUCCUGUCCAUGUGGUUGUUUAUAUCAUCUUUAUGCUGGGAUCAUGUGCAUUCUUUUCUAAGACGUGGAUAGAGGUGUCUGGUUCCUCAGCCAAAGAUGUAGCUAAACAGCUUAAAGAACAGCAAAUGGUAAUGAGGGGCCACAGAGAUACCUCUAUGGUUCAUGAGCUUAAUAGGUAUAUCCCCACCGCAGCUGCAUUCGGCGGUUUGUGUAUUGGCGCCCUGUCAGUGUUGGCUGACUUCUUAGGGGCCAUUGGCUCUGGCACUGGAAUUCUGCUCGCAGUCACGAUUAUUUAUCAGUAUUUUGAAAUAUUUGUUAAGGAACAGGCUGAAGUAGGUGGGAUGGGUGCUUUGUUUUUCUAAAUGUUCCAGUACCUUUGUGUGAAGGGAAAACAUUUUGACACAUUGUUUUUGUCAAAUAAUGCUGACUGUCCAUUUUUCCCCUCAUUUUUUUUUUUAAGUGCUAACUGUCCCAUUUCUGAAAUGGGCACUGAGCUAAGCCUGUGUGCAGCAUUAGUACCAGCUGCCUUAAAACUGAAGUUUACAUUAUUUGUUAGAAAACAUACAUGUAGUUUGCCUGUGAUGCUGGAAACCAAUGUACCUGCCUUGCCGUGUUCAGUUUUGACGGUGAGGUCAUGUGGAUCAGUUUUGCACACAUUCAAAACACUCAGUAUUUCCCCCACUUGUUUAAAAAUAUAGUUCAAAUUGCCACUUUCCAGUAUUUUGGGCUGAUCUAUAUUUUAGAUAUAGUUUUUAUACUUUCUGUGUAGUAUCCAUGUUCCAGCCCUCCCUCUUCAUCCCUUCCCUUUUGUCCCUUCUCAAAGCAGCCACUUAGCCCAGAUGGGCAAGUGAAGCUUCUUCAAGCUUCUGUCAUUAGAAGAACUGCUUAUAACUACUAUUCAUGUUUUCCAUUCUUCCUUCCCAGUGACAGCACGGUUGGUGCUGUUUUUGCUGUAUUGGCUAUGCCUGUGAAUUCCAAGUCACUUGAGAAAGCUCUUUCAAGAUACUGUGCCCCAGUUGUGUUUUUCUUUUUUUUAAAUCCCUAAAGCAGAGAUCUAAUUCUUAAGCAAUGUCUGUAGUUCAGUGGGGGUGAACAAUGAGUAAUUCAUGCUAGGAAUCUGUGUACGUUGUUGUACUUUGUAGCAGCAACAUGAGUGUAAACAGUAGACACUAAACUUUUAUUUAAUACAACUGUUUCAGUUGUGUUGGAAAAAUAAAAAAAAAUCUGAAAUUAAA